CGUCCGCGCGUGGGGUUCCCGCCCCGUCGCUGGUGUCGGCGUCCCGCGUGGGUCGGUCCGCCGCCGCCAUGCCGCCCGGGAAGCCGCUGCAGCCCGUGCUGAAGAUGAAGGUGGACGAGCUGUUCCUGCGCUGGCUGAGCGAUCCCGACACGCAGCGCGCGCUGCACGACGAGCUCCGCCGCAUCCAGCACGCGGGGGCCGCGGAGCCCGGGGACGCCAGACACGCGUGGGCGAGCGGGCCCGGGCCUCCCGGCGUCUCCUGCGCGCCGCCCGCCCACGUAUCCGGGCCUCGGGCCGCGCGCGCCGCCCGCCGGACGGCGGGGCCCAGAGCGGCGCAGCCCCCGAGGGAGGAGCCGCCGGCCCCGGCCGCCAGCCCGAGCCUUCCCGCCUUCCACUUCCCGCGGGGCCGCCCCGCCGACGCCGUGGACGUCGACGCCGCCGUCGCCAGGAUCGAGCACGUGUUCUCGGAGCUGCCGCGCGAGAGGGCCACGCUGGGCGACAUGGGCGCCGUGGCCAAGGCCUGCGGGUGCCCGCUCUACUGGAAGGCCCCGCUGUUCCACGGCGCCGGCGGGGCGCGCGCGGGCGCCGUGGCCGCGCACCAGUUCGUGGCCGCGUGGCGGAAGAUCCUGCAGAGCUGCCACGACGACGCGGCCAAGUUCGUGCAGCUGCUGGCCAAGCCGGGGAGCACCUCCCUGGCGCAGGAGGACUUCGUGCCGUUCCUGCAGGACGUGGUGAGCACGCACCCGGGCCUGGCCUUCCUGAGGGAGGCGUCGGAGUUCCACUCGCGCUACAUCACCACGGUCAUCCAGAGGAUUUUCUACGCCGUGAACCGCUCGUGGUCGGGCAGGAUCACGUGCGCGGAGCUGCGGCGCAGCAGCUUCCUGCAGAGCGUGGCGCUGCUGGAGGAGGAGCCCGACAUCAACCAGCUGACGGAGUUCUUCUCCUACGAGCACUUCUACGUCAUCUACUGCAAGUUCUGGGAGCUCGACACGGACCACGACCUGCUCAUCGACGCGCGGGACCUGGCGCGGCACGGCGACCACGCCAUCUCCUCCAAGAUGAUCGACAGGAUCUUCUCGGGCGCCGUGACGCGGGGCCGGAGGGCGCCGAAGGGCGGGAAGCUGGGCUACGCGGACUUCGUGUGGUUCCUCCUCUCGGAGGAGGACAAGAGGACGCCGACCAGCAUCGAGUACUGGUUCCGCUGCAUGGACCUGGACGGCGACGGCGUGCUGUCCCUCUUCGAGCUCGAGUACUUCUACGAGGAGCAGACGCGGCGGCUGGACGCGCGCGACAUCGAGCCGCUGCCCUUCCGCGACUGCGUGUGCCAGAUGCUGGACCUGGUGAGGCCGCGGAGCCCCGGCAGGAUCACGCUGUCCGACCUGAAGCGCUGCCAGCUCGCCGGCGUGUUCUUCGACACCUUCUUCAACGUCGACAAGUACCUGGACCGCGAGCAGAGGGAGCAGAUGGCGCCGCCGCGGGACGCGGACUCCGACGGCCCCGGGCUCUCGGACUGGGACAAGUACGCGGCUGAGGAGUACGACUUCCUGGUGGCCGAGGAGGCGGCGGGGGACACGGGGGACGACUGGCUGGAGCCGCAGCUGAGGCCGCUGUUCUCGGCGCCGCCCACGGCGGGGGACGUGGAUCUGUACCAGUUCGCGUGCGGGGACGAUGACCCCGCGUGACCGCGUGGGCCCCGUCCCCUGUGCGGGGUGGGGGGACCACCACGGCGGGGCGGGGCACGUCACCUUUUUAUUUUUUUCAAUAAAGAGUUUCAGAGUUUU